AUGUGGUUGAGAUCCAGGAGCAGAAUGAGCACAUGCUGCUGGUGCACGCCAGGUGGCGUGUCCGCCGUUGAGUUCCUACGGCGCUAUGCAUUCAGGACCCGGGCCAGUGAAUUCCGGACGGCAGAUGAUGACCUCUGCUACUGCUUAGAGUGUGUGAUCGAGUACCACAGAGCAAGGGACGAGCUGCCAUUCUUGCAUGAGGUUUUAUGGGAAUUAGAAACCUUACGCCUCGUAAAUCACUUUGAAAAAUGUAUGAAAGGAGAGAUCGAUGACGAUGAUGAUGAACUAUAUAUCAUAGACAACAAUGGAGAGGCACAGCCGUUUGACUUCACUGGCCAAGACUUUGAAAAUAAGCUUCGAGUUCCUCUUCUCGAAAUCCUGAAAUACCCUUACCUGCUCCUACAUGAGCAUGUCAAUGAGUUAUGUGUUGAAGCACUUUGUCGGAUGGAACAAGCAAAUUGCUCCUUUCAGGUUUUUGAGAAACAGCCCGGAAUCUAUUUGUUUUUGGUCCAUCCCAACGAAAUGGUUCGCCGUUGGGCUAUCCUGACUGCCAGAGGCUUGGGGAAAGUGGACAGAGACGAUUACUAUGACUUACAAGAGGUUUUGACUUGCCUUUUUAAAGUCAUUGAGUUGGGGCUUUUAGAAAAUACAGAUAUUUAUACUACUUCUGUCCUUGAGAAGGGUAAACUGAUCCUCCUGCCACCACACAUGUAUGACACUUCCAACUACAAAAACUACUGGCUAGGUAUUUGCAUGCUGCUGACCAUUCUCGAGGAGCAGGCCAUGGACUCCCUGUUGUUGGGCUCAGACAAGCAGAAUGACUUCAUGCAGUCAAUACUUAACACCAUGAAGAAGCAGACAGAGGAUGAUAGUGAAGAUCCUUUCUGGCCAGCAUUGCACUGUUUCAUGGUCAUUUUGGAUCGCCUGGGAUCUAAGGUCUGGGGUCAACUUAUUGAUCCUAUCGAGGCCUUUCAGACCAUUAUCGACAACGCGAGCUACAACAAAGAGAUCCAGAACAUACGGAGAAGCUCUGUGAGGGCCAAGUCAGAACCAGAGUCGUGUCUGGAUGAUAUGGUGACUUGCAGCCAGAUUGUGUACAAUUAUAACCCAGAAAAGACCAAAAAGGAUUCAGGGUGGAGAUCAGCCAUUUGCCCAGAUUAUUGUCCUAACAUGUAUGAAGAAAUGGAAACAUUAGCCAGCGUGCUUCAGUCAGAUAUUGGUCAAGACAUGCGUGUUCACAACAGCACAUUUCUGUGGUUCAUCCCUUUUGUUCAGUCCCUCCUGGAUCUCAAUGAUCUGGGCAUGGCUUACAUAGUGGAGGUCAUUCACCAUCUGCACUCCCAAGUCAAAGACGUUCUCAACCAAAAAGCCGUGGUGUGUGACAAAGUCACUGAAUUUUUUCUGCUGAUUUUGGUUUCGGUGGUUGAACUGCAUAGAAGCAAAAAAUGUCUGCAUUUGCUGUGGGUUAGCUCCCAGCAGUGGGUAGAUGCCCUUGUGAAAUGUGCCAAGCUUCCCACUACUGCAUUUGCGCGAAAUUCUGAGAAGUCUCCUGCCAGCAGCUCCAAAGGAGCAGUGAUGAUAACGUCUCUGUCACUGCAUUCAGUGCCAUCUAACUCUGUCCAACUCGCUUGUGUGCAGCUGAUCAGAAGUCUCCUUAAAGAAGGUUAUCAGCUUGGGCAGCAGGCUCUUUGUAAGCGAUUCUGGGAUAAGCUCAACUUAUUCCUGCGAGGAAAUUUAUCUCUAGGUUGGCAGUUGGAUAGUCGGGAAACGCAAGACUUACAAACUUGUUUAAAGCAAAUUAUUAGAAACAUAAGACUCAAAAUGCCUCAAUACACUGCCUUGGCAGAGCCGGCUCCUCCAUGUAAAACCUCUCGUGCCUCUAAUGCUAAAGAAGAAAGUGAACAAGUAGGGAAGGCAUGUGGAAAAGACACCCCCUGGCUGGAAAGUGGCAGCCCAGUGUGUUCAAAAGAACCAUUGAAAGCUGACGUAUGUCAAGAGCAAGAGAGUAGUGUAGUAAGCAAAACAAGUAACACUAUAGAAGAAAAAGUUAAUGAGCAAAAUUGCAUAAAAGAUUUGAAACUAGAAGACCAUCUCUCAGCUAAGUCGCACUUAAAGCAGAGUAGUAAAAACCUUUCCAAUGAAAGAACCCAAGAUCAAGUGAAAAGACACACAAGGAAGCAGAAGUCUGUAAAAAAUAAAUCCUGUACGCCACAGAACUGUCCUUCCAGAAAUGAUCCAGAAGAAGGAUGUGACAGAGGAGUAACUAUGUCAGCACACUUGUUGACUGAUUCUAACACUGAUUCUCUGGAUAAGGCGCCCACAUCAAAAGAGGAUUUCUCUCUAAAGAAUGAUGUUGGCAAAACCUCAAAAGCAAAAACUAAAGCACAGAAAAGUGAAAUUUGUGCUAAGUUAGCCCAUGUAAUAAAGAAGCAAAACAGGAAAAGUGCCUUCGUCAAAAAUACUGUGGACUUAAAGAGAGACGUGACUGUCCCCGACCCUGAGAAUUUCUGUUCAAGGAUAGAUCCUGCAGGUCAGAACAGCGAUGGCUUCAUACAGAACUCUUCUUUAGACCUUAACGAUAGUCUGGAUCAUAAAAAUGAAAAAGGGAAAUCUAACAGUUUAUUGCUGAAACAGUUGAAGAAGGAAGAGUUAGAUGUUCCUUCUGCCCAUGAAAACAAUUGUCAAAUACAGGAAUGUCAUGUUAAUAAUAAAGUUUUUAAUUCAUUUACUUGGAUGCCUAAAGCAUCUUCCUGUAAAGAUCCUGUGAUUUUACUUGGAUCAAAAGACAAGGAGAUUAAUAAGAGCACUGAUCAUGUUGCUUCUGACCUGAGAGAACAGGCCCCUAGCAGUCCUCAGUGUGACAUCCUAACAGAUUCUCAGAUAGACAGGGACCUCCACAAGUUAUCUCUAAUAGCUCAAGCCAGUGUCAGUAACUUUCCAUCAGAUUCAACUCAAAAAAGCUCAUCCCAGUUACAGAGAAAAGUAGAAGAUAAAAGAAGUUUCAGAGCCAAUCAAAAUCAUGUCAGGGAAACCUGCAAGGAACAAGUUAUUAUUAUUUCAGAUGAUGAUGAUGAACAAAUUCUAGAUUUUGAGAAACACACGAAACAAGAUAAAAUGUGCCUUGAGAAAGAAUCGCCAAGGCAGGAUACUUCAAUAGUUAAUAUGAAUGUGGAUAUGAAGCCAACAAAGGAAGAAAAGACAGAGGAGUUUGAGGACUCUGGUUCUCAGCUUUUUGAGUUUGAAAGCCAACAGAAAGUGUUUUCAGUUUGGCAAGAUCAGAAACCAGACAAUGGGAAUUCAGUUCAAGAGGAUGAAAAAAAUCCAUGUUUGACUUAUAUAGCAGAUAUCACAAACGAUUGGGGUUAUGAUACAGAUUACCCUAUGCCUGAAGAAGUCACCAAAAAUGAAGCAGAGGGCACUGAGCAUGCAAAACCACAAGGUAGUAGUUCUUUUGAGGAAGUUUGUGAAAUUCAAGUAAAAAAACACAAGAGGAAACAAUUAAAGAAAACAAAGGCCGAAGAUUCUUUAAGGCCUUCAUCUUUUGUCAGAAAUAAGGACCAAUCUGAUACUCUUCAUGAGAGCGAUCGAACUGAAAAUGAUACUAAAAUUGCAGACAUAAGGACAUCUCCCGAGUCAGGUGUAGAGAGAGCCACUCGGGUUUCCCUGAAGAAGUCGCCUCGAAAGCAUCGAACUUACUCCAAAGUGGAUCGGAGAGCCUCCGUUUCUAAAACGCCUAAGAAAACACAUUCAGAUUCCAAAAAAGGGCAGAAUAAAGGUUCACAUUACAUAAGCUGCAGGAGCACUCCUGCUAUCAUGCUACCAAAAAAAUCUCGCCAUUGUCCUGAACCAACCUCAGUGGCUGAGAAACUUGGUCUGAAAAAGGCUCCUCGUCGGGCAUUUGAGUUGUCUCAGCGAUCUUUAGACAUUAUAGAUAAAUUACGCAACCAUGGCAAAACAGUUGGAGAAAUUGGUACUCCAAAAAAGACUAAACUGAUUUCUCCUCAGAGUCUUCCUGCGAACGAUAAGAAACUGCUCGUGAGCCAAGAUCUUCAGUUUCAAAGGAAGAGGAGAUCCAAAUCUCAUCGAAACAGACAAGGACUUUAUGACAGCGCAGACACUACAAGAGCAGGCCCACAUGCAGCCCAGAAUUCUGACAGUGUUAGACCAGAUACAGAUAGGGCAGAUGACAGUAACAAAGGAGGAACUGAGGUCAUGGCAAACGGUAGUGGAAAUCAGUCAAUAAAAUGUGUGUCUCCUGAACAAGGACCUGGGAAGGAAAAAUAUGUUUCUCAGGUGGCUGGUGAUGCUUGUCUUUUGAGCCCUUGUAGUUCCCCCGUGUUAAAUGGGAGAAUACCAACUAGUGAAAUUACAGUCUGCACUCUGGCGGACCCUUCAGGUGGUGGCAGUCUGACUGGACAUCAUUUAGGGGUGCCAACUUGGAAAAGGGGACAGCUUGAUUCCAACAAUGAUAUGGAAGGAGAUGAUAUCUUUUUAACACAACACGAUCCCGAAGAUAUGGACUUAGGUUCACAAAUGCAGAAUGGUGAUGUUGGACUCGCUGAAGAAAUCCAUCAGAAAAGCGUUCAUGUAGAAGAUUCUAUAAAUCGGCCUCCGUCAGAAUCUUUGAGUAGUGCAAGAUGUAAGAACAAAGAUUGUGUGGAAACGGUGAAAAGCCAGGGUGAGUACUGCUCAAAACACUCUGAAGCUAAAGCAGCAGAUGAAGAUGUCUUUCGUAAACCUGCCCUGCCUCUUUCUAUGUCUAAACCUCUGAGACCUUCCACUACGAAGAUUUUUAGCUCAAGCAGUACUUCACGAAUUGCUAAUUUUUCCAAGUCUUUGGAAAGUGCCUCAACACUUCCAGGCCCCAAAAAUAAGUCAAAUGGAAGACAACCUGCUUCAAAGGUACCACAGCCUGCCUCUCUGUCAUCUCCAAAGCCAAGGGUUGAACUGAGUAGUUUAUGCAAUAUUCUUAAUUCUCCAACUCCAAGUAAUUCCAGCAGGCAAGCUUUCAAACUUGCAUUUGCUGAAAGCAGACCUUUUUCUUCUUCUCCGAUCAACAUGCUCUUAUCAUCACAGUCCAUCUCUGACACCUUUGUCAAAGAGGUCUUGAAAUGGAAAUAUGAGAUGUUUAUGAAGUUUGACCAAUGUGGACCCCCAGCAAGUCUUUGUCAGGCCAUCUCAAGACACGUGCCAAUCAGAUUUCAAGAUUGUGGAGAUUACUUUGAAGUUUUCUUCCCUUUGCUGUUACUGAAUGCCUUUGAAACAGUAGCACAGGAAUGGAUCAACUCUCCAAACAAAGGAAAAUUUUAUGAGUUGAAGUUAAGAAAAUUUCCUGCAGAAUAUAAAAAAUACUGGGAGUUUGUGGUUUUUCUUGAGGAAUACGAACUGUCUAAACAGCUUCACCCGAAGGAGAAUGACUUGGUGUUUCUGGUUCCUGAGAGGCCGAAAGGAGAGAAGAGGGAUGUGGAGCGGAACUCCAUCCCGGCUUCCCAGGACUAUCAGUGUGCUUACGUCCAGAAGUUUCGCCGCUCGUCCGUCAUGCAUAAAGGGAAAUACGAGUGCUCCCUCUCCAUCCAGACGCAGGACAGCUUCCCAGCCAGUGUGAACGACACCGUGAAAUGUGUUGUCGUCAGCUCUCUGGUGACUACGCAGAGGAAGCUGAAAGCAAUGUCUUUGUUGAAUAGUCGAAACCAACUGGCCAGAGCUAUUCUGAAUCCAAACCCCAUGGACUUCUGUACGAAAGAUCUACUGACCACGUCAUCCGAGAGAAUUACUGCCUUCUUAAAGGAUUUCAACGAGGACCAGAAGAAAGCAAUAGAAACCGCGUAUGCCAUGGUGAGACACUCCCCAGCGGUUGCCAAGAUCUGUCUGAUUCACGGGCCACCGGGAACAGGGAAAUCGAGAACCAUCGUUGGCCUCCUGUACCGCCUGCUGACCGAGAAGAGGGGGCAGCUGGAUGAGAACUCCAACGCCAAGAUUAAGCAGAACCGAGUGCUUGUGUGCGCGCCUUCCAACGGAGCAGUGGAUGAGCUGAUGAAGAAAAUCAUCCUCGAGUUCAAAGAGAGGUGUAAAGACAAGAAGAACCCGCUGGGAAACUGUGGAGAUAUCAAUCUAGUACGUCUGGGUCCAGAAAGAUCUAUUAAUAGUGAGGUCCUAAAGUUCAGCUUGGACAACCAAGUUAACCACAGAAUGAAAAAAGACUUACCUUCUUACGUUCAGGAGAUGCAUAGAAGAAAGGAACAUCUAGACCAUCAACUAGAUGAGCUUUCCCGCCAGCGUGCUUUAAGCCGAUAUGGAAGAGGAAUCCAGAGGCACGAAUUAGAUGAAAAAAUUGCCCAAGUUUCAAAAGAAAGGCAGGAACUUGCAUCUAAAAUUAAAGAGGUUCAAGGGCGCCCACAGAAAACCCAGAGCAUCAUCAUCCUGGAGUCCCACAUCAUCUGCUGCACCCUGAGCACGAGCGGCGGCUUACUGCUCGAGUCCGCUUUCCGGGGCCAAGGAGGAGUCCCCUUCAGCUGUGUCAUCGUGGACGAGGCCGGGCAGGCUUGUGAAGUGGAGACCCUCACCCCCCUCAUCCACCGCUGCAACAAGCUCAUCCUCGUCGGGGACCCGAAGCAGCUGCCCCCCACCGUCAUCUCCUUGACGGCGCAGGAGUUCGGCUACGAGCAGUCCAUGAUGGCCCGCUUCUGCAAGCUGCUGGAGGAGAAUGUGGAGCACCACGUGAGCGCCAGGCUGCCUGUGCUGCAGCUGACCGUGCAGUACAGGAUGCACCCCGACAUCUGUCUCUUCCCCUCCAACUACAUCUACAAUAAGAGCCUGAAGACCAACAGAGGGACCGAGAGCACCCGGUGUCUAUCAAAAUGGCCGUUCCAGCCCUACCUCGUGUUUGACGUCAGAGACGGCUCGGAACAACGGGAAAAUGACUCAUAUGUAAAUCUUCAAGAAAUCAAAGUGGUGAUAGAAUUGGUUAAACUUCUCAAAGAUAAAAGGGACGUCCGUUGCCGAACCAUUGGCAUAAUCACCCAUUACAAGGCUCAGAAGGUGAUGAUUCAGAAGGAGCUGGACAAAGUGUUUGAAGAAAAAGGGCUGGCAGAGGUGGACACUGUGGAUGCAUUCCAGGGCCGCCAGAAAGACUGCGUCAUUGUCACGUGUGUCAGAGCCAACGCCAUGCAGGGCUCCAUCGGGUUCCUGGCCAGUCUGCAGAGGUUGAACGUCGCCAUCACUCGAGCCAAGUACAGCCUCUUCAUCCUCGGGCAUCUGCGGACCCUGAUGGACAAUCAUCAUUGGAACCACCUGAUCCAGGACGCACAGCGGCGGGGCGCCAUCAUCAGGACCUCCGACAAGAGCUAUAAGCAUGACGUCACCAAGACCCUAAAGCUCAAGUCGGUGCUGCAGCGGAGUCUGACCUACCCUCCCUCGACAGCCCCCGAGGGCAGCAGCCCCCAGGACAGCAGCCUGGACAACGCCCCGAACCCGGCACCCCUGGACCCCAGGGAGGCUGCUGCCUCCGCUGCUGGAAAGGACCCUGAGCGGCCUCCUGCUAAGGACCAGCCUCGGGACCCACGGCUGUUCAGGAGGAUGGAAGCCUCAGCGAACUCCCUGCGGAGCCUGGAGCCCUGGAGCCCCCAGCAGCCGGGAGCAGCCUCCCCCGCCCCCUCCGCAGAGCCCAGCUUCCCUCACGGGCCAGGCGGCCCUCCUGCCGCCAGCGCGGACUCCUCCAGUAAAAGCGACCAGAAAGGGGGUCAGAGCCGCCAGAGAGAGAGCAGGGCUUCCCGGGACAGGGGCCAGGAGCUGCUCAGCCCUGGGAGCCGUCGCCCCAAGAGGAGCUCCAGCCGGGACGAUGGGCGGACCCAAGAGGACGACAGCGGUUGGAAGAGGAGGCGGCUCUAG